AUGGGGGUGAAAAGUUUUUUUUUUUUCUCCUUCUCGCUAAUUCUUUCCCUUGAGAAGCGCAUUUAUUUUUCCUCUUUCUUCCUUCUUUCCUUUUCUGAGUCCCCCCCUCCACUUUUUUUUUCUUCUUUUCCCUAUAUCUUCACCGCCUUCUUUCUCCGUUUUCUUUUCCCACCAUGCAACAGGUGGGACUUUAACACAUGCACACAACUAGCGAGGAGGCGGCGUCUUUUCUCAAUGAAAGAUUUGUCUCGCUCUCAAUUUUUUGCACUCUCUCUCUCUUCUUGUUUUAUUGUUCUCCCUCCCUCCAUAUUUUCUUCGCUUUUUCUUCUUCUUUCUCUUCUUUCAUCGUUUCUUCUCACCUUACAUUUUCUCUAUUCUGUUUUUAGAUUAUUUUCCACUUUAUAUUUUGUUCUCUACUUCACUUCUCAACUCACAUUCUUUCUUUUCAUUCUCGUUCACUUCUUUUUUUUUCUGUCUUUCUUUCUGACCUCAUAUUUUUUUUUCUUUCUUUCCUUUCCUUUCUUUCGAUUUUUAUUUUAUUUUGCGACUUCUCGUCCCCAUUUUUCUCUUCUCGCCAGUUUGGCUCACUCACUGUUAAAACUACCUCUGACCUCUCCUCAUACACUCUCUCACAUACUUGCACGCUCCCUUAAUAUCAUGGACACUCUUUCACACUCUCUCACUUACGUACAGGUACACUCUCACUUUCACCACCUUUUGCUCAGUUUCUCAGUACAUACACUUUCACUUUCUCUCUCACUUUUCUUCACAGGCAUACAAUCCCCCUCUUACCUACCUACUCUCUCUUUACUCAUAUGGCAUACCAUUCUGGAAACUUGCUAA